GCUAUAGAUGCUAAAAAAAAAAAAAAAGCCACAAGAAAUCCAUCAAAUAGGCAAAUAGCCAAAGAUGGUUAUAUGAAAAAUUUUUAAUUUUCAAUCUAUUCUACUUUUCUUUUUUUUUUUUUCUAUAAAAUCUCAGCCAACUAUUUAUAAAAAGAAAAUUCAAAAAUGAAACUCUACUAUAGAAAGUAGACUUAGAUUGUUGAAAAUACUUGAAAUAAAAAUCCCAGGUCUCAUAAAAAAACAGUGCACUUUAAUCAAUUCGUUCAUUGAACCCAGUAUCACCCUUAUUUUUAUUGAGCUCUUGUUUUGAUUUUAUUUUAUUUUUUUUCUACAAGAUAAUCAAUAUAACGCAAAUGAAAUCCCCACUAAAACUCAAAUGAUAAAGUCUUUCAAUUACACAAGUAAUCAAUAUUUUAUCAAUAAUCUUAUUUGUAAAUAUUAUUUAAUUAAUAUUUUGGUAUUAUUGAUAUGAAAUUAUGUGUAUAUAAAGACACAAAUAUUUCAAUUAAAUCCCAGUAUAUUAAAAACAAUAAAUAUUAAAAGAAUCAAGUCAAAAAUAUACAUGAUAAAAAAAAAAAAUUUUAAUAAAUUAUGUACUGGUGUAUUAAAAUUAAUAUAAUACUGGGACUCUUGACGACCCUGACAAUUGCUGAUGUCGAAAUUAUAGAAGAUUUUCUGCCUGGAUUACUUUAUCCUCGAGAGAGUGAGACCCGUGAGGUCAAAUCUUUAGAUGGACUUUGGGACUUUGCUAUUUCACCAAUUGGAAAUUUAUUCAAAGGUUAUCGUGAACAUUGGUACAAUGAUACUUUAUCCAAGUCAGUUGAUGUCAUUAAAAUGCCAGUACCUUCAUCUUACAAUGACAUAACAACUUCAAAAGAAUUACGAGAUCAUGUUGGUGCAGUAUGGUAUGAAAAAACAUUUUUCAUACCAACAUCAUGGUCUGAUCAACGUGUUUUUGUUAGAUUUGGAUCAGUAAAUUAUCUUGCACAAGUGUGGAUAAAUGGACGUCUUGCAACGAGUCAUGAGAUGGGACAUUUGCCGUUUGAAGCUGAGAUAUCAAACUACUUGAACUAUGGUGAUAAAAAUCGGAUAACAGUAGCUGUUGAUAAUACACUACUACAAACAAGUAUUCCACAAGGAAAACUUACUGAUACACCAACAGAAUAUGGAAGAACUUGGAUACAAUCAUAUACAUUUGAUUUUUUUAAUUAUGCAGGAAUUCAUCGUUCAGUAUUAUUACAUACAAAACCACAAUUAUAUAUUGAAGAUAUAACUGUUAAAACAUCUGUAUCUGGUGAUACAGGAAUAAUAAAAUAUAUUAUAAAAAUUGGUGGUUUAGAAAAAAAUGAAAUACCAGAAUGUAUUGUUAAUUUACGUGAAAAUGAUGGUACAUUAAUAACAACUGAGCCAUUAUAUGGUUUAACUGGUAUAUUAAAAGUACCAAAUGCAAAAUUAUGGUGGGCACAAGGUAUGAAUUCAAAUCCAGGUUAUUUAUAUGAACUAGAAAUAAAUGUAUCAAUACCAAAUAUUACGGGACCAGAUAUAUAUAGACAACCAGUUGGUAUUAGAACAAUAAGAUGGACAAAUACAAGUUUGCUGUUAAAUGAAAGACCAAUUUAUUUACGUGGUUUUGGAAGACAUGAAGAUUCACCAAUAAGAGGUAGAGGUUUUGAUCUUGUUACAAUAACAAGAGAUCAUGAAUUACUUAAAUGGGUUGGUGCUAAUUCAUAUAGAACAAGUCAUUAUCCAUACAGUGAUGAAAUAAUGGAUAUGGCUGAUAGACAAGGUUUUCUUAUUAUUGAUGAAUGUCCAUCAGUUGAUACAGAAAAUUUUUCACCAAUAUUACUUGCUAGACAUAAAGAAUCAAUAUCUGAAUUAAUAAGAAGAGAUAAAAAUAGACCAUCUGUUAUUGCUUGGUCAAUUGCAAAUGAACCAAGAACACAAUUAAAUGCAGCUGAAGAUUAUUUUAGACAUAUUGCAAAACAUACUAAAACAUUAGAUCCAACAAGACCAAUAACAGCUGCACUUGCUAGGGGUUAUGAUGAAGAUAAAGCUGGACAAUUUUUAGAUUUUAUUAGUUUUAAUAGAUAUAAUUCAUGGUAUUCAAAUUCAGGAAGAUUAGAUAUGAUUAUUGAUCGUGUUGUUGAUGAAGCACAAGCUUGGCAUACAAAACAUGAUAAACCAAUUGUCAUGUCAGAAUAUGGAGCAGAUACAAUGGAGGGUCUUCAUGAGUUGCCAGAAUAUAUAUGGAGUGAAGAAUAUCAAACAAAAGUUUUAUCCAAACAUUUUGAAGCAUUUGAUAUAUUGAGAAAUAAAGGCUGGUUUAUUGGUGAAUUCAUAUGGAAUUUUGCUGAUUUUCGUACUGCUGAGACAUAUACUAGAGUUGGUGGAAAUAAAAAAGGUAUAUUUACACGUACCAGACAACCAAAAAUGGCUGCACAUCAUGUUCGUCGACGUUAUCAUGCACUUGCUAAUGAAAUUGAUGGACAAGAAUUACCAAAUGAUCUUCAAUCUUAUGUAUCAAAACCAAUUGAAAUUCACAAUGAAUUUUAAAUAUAUAUUUACAUUAAUUCAUUGAUGUUUAUUUUUCAUAAUUUCUAUCACCCAUCAUGGCACUUGUUAAACAAUAAAUUACAUUAAAAGUUUUAUUAACA